CAGCCUUUUUAGCCCAACAAAACCGGCUUUGUAUCUACCACCAAUUCCAAUCCAACGGCAAUCCACCCAUCGUAAGAAAGCACGCCUCUACCUGUUUUUUUUCUUGUCUUGUUUCCCAAUCCAUCAUCAUCACUAUAUAAAUUCACCAAACCCCACUUUAUUUUUCCACACUCACACCUUAUUCUUAACCUACCCUUCUUUUCGUUCUCUUCCAAACAAAAAAAACUACUAACCCUUUUUCUUCUUCCUCGAUUAUGUCGAACUUCAAGAGCAAGUACCAUGAUGAGCUUAUUGCCAAUGCUGCCUACAUCGGCACACCCGGAAAGGGUAUUCUUGCUGCUGAUGAGUCAACUGGAACUAUCGGAAAGCGUCUAUCCAGCAUCAGUGUUGAGAACGUUGAAUCCAACAGGCGUGCUCUUCGUGAACUCCUUUUCACUGCCCCUGGAGUCCUUCAGUACCUUAGUGGAGUGAUCCUCUUUGAGGAAACCCUCUACCAAAGCACCGCUGCAGGCAAGCCUUUUGUUGAUGUCUUGAACGAAGCUGGUGUGCUUCCUGGUAUCAAGGUUGACAAGGGUACCGUUGAGCUUGCUGGAACUGACGGAGAAACCACCACUCAGGGUCUUGAUGGUCUUGGUGCUCGCUGUGCUAAGUACUACGAAGCUGGUGCACGUUUCGCUAAAUGGCGUGCUGUUCUUAAAAUCGGCCCCAAUGAACCAUCUGAGCACUCUAUCCAUGAGAAUGCCUAUGGUUUGGCCCGAUAUGCCGUCAUAUGCCAAGAGAAUGGACUUGUACCAAUUGUUGAACCUGAGAUCCUUGUUGAUGGACCUCAUGACAUUCAAAAGUGUGCUGCUGUUACCGAGCGUGUCCUUGCAGCAUGCUACAAGGCCUUGAGCGAUCACCAUGUCCUCCUCGAAGGAACUCUCUUGAAGCCCAACAUGGUCACCCCUGGAUCUGAUUCACCAAAGGUUGCACCCGAGGUAGUUGCUGAGCACACCGUUAGAGCUUUGCAGAGAACCGUACCAGCAGCAGUCCCUGCCGUUGUUUUCUUGUCUGGUGGACAGAGUGAGGAAGAGGCCUCUGUUAACCUCAAUGCCAUUAACCAAGUUAAGGGUAAGAAGCCAUGGACUCUUUCUUUCUCCUUUGGAAGGGCACUUCAACAGAGUACCCUUAAGGCAUGGUCUGGAAAAGAAGAGAAUGUUAAGGCUGCCCAAGAUGCUUUGUUGACAAGGGCCAAGGCUAACUCUGAGGCUACUCUUGGAACUUACAAGGGUACCUCUAAACUUGGUGAUGGUGCCUCUGAGAGUCUCCAUGUUAAGGACUACAAGUACUGAUCAAAUUUGGUGUUGUCUCCCUUUAAGCUUUAGAAAGAGGGUUGAAUUUCUUGUUAUUGAGUAUUAUGGUUUGACUUGCGACAGAAUAAUUGUUUGGAGUUUUGUUUUUCUUUUUGUUCCUUUGAUAAUUUCAGGUUCUGUUUAUUUGGUCAAACCCGAGCAAAUGGGUUAUUAUGAGACACUAUUCUAAGUGAAGAUCUUUGUUUACUUUUGCAA